AUGGCUUCCAACACAUUCUUCUACGUAUUCCUCCUCACAGCACUCUUAUCUCCAAGCAGCAGCAACAUAUGUCUGGCCUCUCGCCACCUGCUCGACACUGCACCAGUUGCUCCGCCUUCAUUGCCGGCAAUACCAAGCAUUCCAUGGUUGCCCAAACCUACGUUGCCUACACUACCAACAGGAGGCCAAUUGCCACCUCUGCCUGUGGUGCCCAAUCUGGCAACGAUGCCCCCAUUGCCUUCUAUACCAACCAUCCCAACUAUUCCAACAAUCCCUAAAAUUCCAACCAUCCCUACCUUUCCAACAAUCCCUUCUGUUCCCAAAGUAGCAUUACCACCAACAGUGCCAACUAUCCCUUCUAUCCCACAGAUCCCAACAAUCCCAGCGAUCCCAGCAAUCCCUUCACUCUCUCCACCCCCAUCAGCUGCUAGUCCUUGA